AGCUGGGGGGAGUGCUUCGAACGAGAAGGGCGCCCACCACUGGGGGCAAGGAGGCAGCGCAGGGGGCGACGCGGUGCGACAGGCACCCUCACUCGGCCCCAAGACGAGCUGGCGAUGGCUUCUCCUCAGCAACCACACUCCGAAAGCUCUUGUCGUGAAGAGCCGCCGUGGGGAGGCAGCACGCGACUAUGCGAGAGGAAGGAGAAGCGUGAGACGAGGAAAAGAGAGCCCCGUGCGGAACUUGCGUCGCCCGCGGCCGCUUACGCUCCCACCGCCCCUCCACGACUGCGGCGCCGCCGCCGACCUCCCCGGGGGCCGCCCCCGGAAACCCGCUGGCGUCAGUUCCGCUGCCCGGGCUCGCCCGACGUCCAAGCCUCGCCUCUCCGCCCCAAGCCGUGCGGGCGCGACGUCGGUGCGGGCGCGGCCGGCGCGAAGGACGCGGGGGAGGUGUCGGGGAGCGGAGGCCGAGCCUGGGCGGAGCUUGCGGCACGCGCGGCGGGCGGGCCCUACCACGGUCUUCUGCAGGGCCGUGCCUGCCGGAGACAACUCGGAGGAGCUGGACUCUUAGCACCACCCCAGCGUGGGGCGGUACCUGCCGGAGGCGACGUCGCAGAGGGUGGUGUAGCUUACCUGGGGAGGAGCCUACCUGGAGCGUGGCCGGUCUGCGGUGCAGGGCCCCGACCUGCAGCGGAGUGA